AUGGCAACUGAAUCGUUUGUCAACGUCCUUCCAAAUUUUAAACCCUUUUUAUCCUCUGCUGCUCACCCACGUCAACUCGCGGCCUCACUAAAGAAGCUAUUCAUAGGUUGGAGCCAAUCUCAUUUGACAGCUUAUUCGGAGGAUGAGAUCGUAUCCUUGAUUACCAAAGCAAAAAAACAUGAUGCUGGAAUCCCCAACUAUCCACUUCCCAGUAUCGAUCGCCUUUAUUCCGAGUACUCAGCCAUAUUUGAUCAAGUUCAAGAAGGACUUCCCUCUGGCAGCUAUGACCAAUUAAGAUUGACACACCAGGCCUUUGCGGAGGCUUUCAGUGCUAUUACGAGUCAGAUGCCGGUAGAAGAAUGUACGAACUGGCAUACCGCGAUAUAUGAACAUCGAAUGCUGGCUCGAAGAUGCGCCUUAAAGGAGACUUCCAUGGCCGUACUCUUAGGCCACGCUUCUAAAGAUCAAGCUACCACUGCAGGCCUUGCACUGCACGCCCUCGCGGUAGCCUAUCGAAGCCCAGCACUCUUCUCCGUCAUUGGUACUGACGGAAAGGGGAAAAACUUUGAGAUGAUGCAAGUGGCACAUACAUUGGCAACGUGCAGAAUUCCAGGCUCAAACGUGGACUUCUUGAAGACCAGCCCUGAAUCCACUUACGCUCUCGUUUGGUAUCAGAACCAUGCAUACAAAGUCGAUAUACUAGACUCGAACUUUCGACCUCACUCUGCCACAACCAUCAUUCAGCAAAUCCGAUACAUCUUCCUCCUAACAGCCAAGGGUCGUGGUCAAAAUUCAGUAUGCGAGUAUUCCAGCACUUUACAACGACAAGACUGGGCGCAGUUGCGUAACCGUCUUCGAAAGACAAAUUCGAGAGCAGUUGAGCAAAUGGAGGGUGCCAUUACCUCGGUGGCACUGCAUGAAUUGUGUCCCCAGGAUUCAGCAAAGCGAUUAGUGUUGAUCAGAGAAGACCAGUCAUGUAUGUAUUCUGAUCAAACACUUGGACUUAGCGUCUUCUCCGAUGGGGAAUUGGCCAUGCGUUUUGAUCACGCUGCCGUCGAUGGUGGUGCUGCGUGCCACUUUGUUGGAUUUAUGGACUAUAUAAUGAAACGCUCAAGCGCUACUCGGGGAACUGCGUUGGUGUUGUCACCAAGGAGAAUCGAAUUCUUCGACCUGGAGGACAGUAGGCAGUACGUGCGUCUCCCAGCUCGCAUGCCGGCGCAGCGUUCAACCACCUUGUCCGUCCACAUCGAUAGCAAACUGCUCUCGAGCCUCCGAAAAUCAAAGCUCGUUGAUACAAUUCUACAAUUGAGCUUCCAAGCAGCAAUCCUGUCUCACAAAAACGACGGUCUCCCUCUCCGAGUGAUGGAACCUGUCGCCAUGCGUCACUUCUCGGGAGGCCGCAUUAUUCCACAACUCGUUUCGACACCCACAUCUCACACUUUUUGCAAGGAACUCAUACGGAGUGACGCAAGCUCAGAUAUGAGCGCGCAACUGCUUCUCCAGGAACUUUUUCAACAUGCACUUGCUGAGCAUCGUCGCAUACUCAGUGACACCAAGCAAGGGAAUACACUUGCAAACAACGCUCUGCUACUCGAGCAAUGCGUCCAGCUUCUUCCCCAAUCGCAGCAGAAAGCGGCUGCAGGAAUGGUGCUGCGGGAAAGUUUCACAUAUGAUGCAAGUUUUACUGGUGCUCCUUUUGCGCCGCACGUCAUGUCUAUGGAAAGUGCAUUACGGCGGGACAACUUCAUUGCUGGGUGUUAUGUGGGGCAUAGUGACAAACUUGUCAUCAGUCUGAUCGCUUCAGGUACUCAUAUGGCGAAGAUUGAGGAGUUGAAGAUGGAUCUGGAAAGGUUGAUUUGCGAAGUUAUUGAUUUGAAGCGGGGUCUAGCGUAAAAGCGGGUACAGGAGUUGUGGAGUUUAUUU